AUGUCUGAUCUGGAAAACCAACCUACUGUCGUUCUCAAAAACAAAAGACUGCUCAGACCCUUUGUGGGGUCCAAAGUCCCUCCUAUCCCUGAAACACAAGCUACCCUUCCUGAACCAUCAGUAUCCAUAUUUUCUCGCUAUACUUACUCAUGGAUAUAUCCUCUCUUAAAGACAGGCUAUCUUAGAACCCUCCAAGAAAACGACCUUUACACACCAGAAGGAACCUCUAGAUCUAUAGAAAGCAUGGCUGAAGUCUUUGAAAAAAACUUGGCCUACUACCGUGAAAAAAAUGCCCAUAAACUCUCUUCUGAUGCUGACCCAGCUACCCUUCCUCGUUUUACUCUUCUUAAAGCAAUCAAUGCUACUUUCUUUUGGCAAUUCUGGGGUGGAGGUUUCGCUAAAGUCCUUUCAGAUUGUGGAAUGUCCCUCAACCCCCUGCUUACUCGCCAUCUAAUUUCUUUCACAAUGGACAGAGAAAACUCACAUAUUGGCAAAGGUAUCGGCUUCGCUCUUGGAAUCGCCUUUUUAAUGCUUUUUUCAAACUUUUGUGUCAAUAUCUUCUUCUUUAAUUCAACAUAUACUGGCGCCCAAAUCCGAGCUGUCUUAGCACAUGCAAUUUUUAAAAAAAACUUACGGCUCUCUGCAAAAGCUCGCCUUUCCUUCCCCAAUGGCAAAAUCACUUCCAUGAUGAGCUCGGACGUUCACCGCAUUGACUUUUCUUGCCAAUGGUUCCAUUUCACUUGGACUUUCCCAGUAUCCAUUGCAAUAUCUCUCGCUCUAGUCCUAGUCAACAUUGGAGCUUCAGGUCUCAUUGGAUUCGCCAUUCUCCUCAUAGUUUUCUUCUUCAUCAUAUACACCGGUCGCAACCUUGCUCUUCUUCGUAAACGCACAAACAAAGUAACCGACAAACGUGUCUCCCUAAUUCGUGAAAUUCUUCAAGCAAUGAAAAUCAUCAAGUUUUACUCUUGGGAAGAUGCUUACGAAGAACGUAUCCGUGAAAUCCGCACAAAGGAAAGUAGUCUCGUCAUCCGCAUGCUCGCCCUCAGAAACUUAACAAAUGCUCUCUCCAUGGCAGUCCCUGUUAUUGCUGGUCUCCUCUCUUUUAUUGUUCUUUCUACAACAGGAGGUCACCUCAACCCUUCUCGCGUCUUCUCUUCAAUCACAACAUUCAACAUUCUUAGACUUCCUUUAAUGUUUUUCCCUCUUUCUAUUGUCACAACAACUGACGCUUACCAGGCAUUUAUGCGCAUUGAAGAGUUUCUUUCCUCUUCAGAAGUCGAGCACUACGUGGAGUUCAUUGAGGACAGUGAAAAACAUCUUGAAAAUUCCAUCUCAAUUACCAAUGGCAGUUUCAUCUGGGAAACCCUUGAAGAUCAAAGAAAAAUCCCAAAUGAAACAGACUCCCAGUUGUUGGAAGAAAAAAUACCACACUCUUCUUCUCACUCAAUAUCAUCUUCUCUCUCUACCUCUUCUUCUUCCGGUGACCAUAAAAUCUUUAAAGGCUUGUCCAACAUCAAUCUUGAUAUUAAACGGGGGGAAUUUGUUAUAAUCACAGGAACAAUCGGCACUGGAAAAUCUUCUCUUUUGGCUGCAAUUGCUGGGAUGAUGCACAAAACUACGGGCUCUGUUCGAGUCUCUGGGAACCUUCUUUCUGCUGGGCAGCCUUGGAUCCAAAACGCUACUGUACGUGACAACAUCACAUUUGGCCAACCUUUUGAUAAAGACUGGUAUAACAAGGUCAUCACAUCUUGCUCUCUCAUCCGUGAUUUUGACAUUCUCCCUGCUGGUGACCAAACAGAAGUUGGCGAACGUGGAAUUACCCUCUCUGGUGGCCAAAAGGCCCGUAUCAACCUUGCUCGUGCGGUCUACAAUUUCCCAGAUAUUAUUCUUCUAGAUGACGUUUUAAGUGCUGUUGAUGCCCAUGUCGGCAAAUUUAUUAUGACUAACUGUAUCUGUGGCCUACUUUCUCAAAAGACUUGUCUUCUUGCUACUCAUCAACUGGCUAUGCUUGAGUUUGCAGAUAGAGUCAUUUUUCUUGACGGCUCAGGAAGUGCCAUCAUUGGCACUGUUGAAGAAUUACGUGAACAGUCCCAAGGGUUUAAAGAUCUUAUGGAGUAUAGCGACCAUCAGAGUGAUGAAGAAGAAGAAGAAGAAGAAGAAGAAGUAAAGAGAGCACAUGAGGAAGAGGAGGAAAAGCAACAAGAAGUUAAGAAAAUACUCACUAAAUCUGUUGGUGAUGCUGGGGUCAAAGCUGCUGGCGGUCUUAUUCAAGCUGAGGACCGUGCAACCAGCGGUAUUUCUAAAGAGGUUUACCUUGAUUUUGUCCGUCAUGGUUCCGGCGGUACAGGAUGGUUCAUAAUUGUUGUUUUAAUGUCUGCUAUUGUUUUUGGUAACUAUUGUCAGGUCUUUACCAAUGUUUGGCUCUCGUUUUGGGUCUCGACUAAGUUUUCAGGUCGUACUGAAGGUUUUUACAUUGGAAUCUACGUCUUGUUUGGUAUCCUUACACCACUUCUCAUGUAUGCCUUUUAUUUCACCAUUUCUUUUAUUGGCUCUAAGACUUCUAAAAACCUUCAUUUACUUGCUGUCCAUUCUAUUUUCCAUGCUCCCAUGUCCUUUUUUGAUUCAUCUCCACUUGGCCGCAUUUUGAAUCGCUUUACCCAUGACACAGAAACAAUGGAUAAUGAACUUUCGGAUCAAACUCGCCUCUUCUUCAUGUCAACUUCACUUUCUAUUGCUACCUAUAUUCUUGUCAUUUGUUACAUACCCUGGUUUGCUAUUGCCCUUGCUGGUCUUUUUGUUAUUUUCCUUCUUACCUCUUCCUUUUACCGCAGCUCUGCACGCGAAAUCAAGCGUCUUGAUUCCCUUGGCCGUUCGGUUGUUUUUGCUCGUUUUUCAGAAUCUCUUUCCGGUGUCAGUACCAUUACUGCUUACCGCCAAAGCGAACGCUUUACCAAAACCGUUCAAAAUGCUAUUGACCGUAUGAAUUCGGCUUACUACCUCACUACUGCGAAUCAACGGUGGCUUUCAGUUCGGUUGGAUCUUGUUGGCUGUUCUCUGACUAUUAUUGUUACCAUUCUCUGUGCCACGCACCAGUUUAACAUUAACCCUUCGUCCGUUGGUCUUGUUGUAUCUUCCAUGCUUCAAAUUGUACCAAUGAUUUCUCUCAUAGUUCGUGAAAUGGCCACAGUAGAAAAUGCUAUGAACGCUGUGGAGCGACUCCAUCAUUAUGCUUACAAUCUUCCACAAGAAUCUAAGUACCAUAUUCCAGAAACCUCUCCCCCCCCAGAAUGGCCUACUCAGGGACAAAUAGAAUUUUCGAAUGUUAGUAUGUCAUACAAACCUGACCUCCCGCCCGCUCUCAAAAAUUUUAACGCUAAUAUCCGCGGCGGCGAAAAGAUUGGCAUUUGUGGACGAACUGGUGCUGGCAAGAGUACUAUAAUGACAGCUAUAUAUCGAUUAGUGGAAAUCCAACAAGGUACCAUCACUAUUGACGAAAUUGAUAUCUCACGUUUGGGACUGCACAAUUUGCGCUCCAAGUUGUCCAUCAUUCCACAAGACCCUAUUCUUUUUCAAGGCACAGUACGCUCUAAUAUUGAUCCCUUUGGAGAUUACACAGAUGAUCAGUUAUGGGAUGCACUGAGGCGUGCAUGGCUCGUCAAUCCGGGCGAGCUGGGACGCAUAAAAGAGCUUGAAUCACGUGGCAUUGAUACGUCUGAGCUUAUUAAAUCGGGCACGGAAGAAGAAUCACAUGGUUUGCCUAAGUUUCACCUUGACCGGAGUGUUGAUGAUGAAGGUACCAAUUUCAGUUUGGGCGAACGCCAGCUUCUAGCACUUGCCACAGCUCUCGUUCGUAAUACACGCAUUUUGAUUCUUGACGAAGCCACUUCCAACGUUGACUUUGCCACUGACUCUAAGAUUCAGGAUACAAUUGUAAGAGAGUUUGGACACUGCACUAUUUUAUGCAUUGCUCACCGUUUACGCACUAUUCUCAACUAUGAUCGUAUUUUAGUCAUGGACAAGGGCGAAAUUGCGGAAUUUGAUUCGCCGCUUGAGUUGUUCCAAUACCAGGAGGGAAUUUUCCAUUCUAUGUGUGAGAGUUCCGGAAUUACAAUAGAAGACUUUGAAAAGAAUUUGGGAACAAGUUAA